AUGCGCUGCCGGCUGGUGGUAGUACUUGCUUCCGCCGUACUGCUCGCAAAUACUGAUGCUGUCUUGAAAUCAACGGUGCUGCCGUCGAACACCCUUCGCUCUCGGUCGAUCACGAGCGGCAGGCGAGAUGCCUUCAAGAACCGGAUUCUUAGGAGCCACCAUUUCAAGGCCAGGAAUCGACUUAAUGACCUUAAUAGUGUUGCCGACGAGGGCGCAAACGUUGUCGAAGAGAGGGGUUUUAGUGCUUCUACCCUUGAAACUCUCCCAAGCACAUUAAGAUCCCCCGUCAGUCAGCUCGACGACUGGCUCACCCAGGGGAAAUCCGCAGACGACGUUUUCCAGUUACUCACCCUCGACAAAGCUGCGAACGGGCUUCUAGCUAGCCCACACCUGAACGAAUGGAUCAGCUACAUGAAGAGGUUUAACAAGGUGAACCCAACAAAGAGAACAACGGUGAUAGAUACACUCACGAAACACUACGGGGACGAAGGUUUGGCGAGAAUCAUUGAAGCAGCGAAACAGGUCCGAGCUACUGCAGGUCUUGCCAAGCGAGUGCAGACCGAGCAGAUCCAACGUUGGUUGCUUGCUGGGGAGACUCCAGAGAGUAUAUUUACACUGCUAAAACUUGACGAUGCAGGAGAAUCUCUAUUCACCCAAUCUCAGGUUGUCACGUGGGCGAAAUUCUUGGACGAUUUCAACAAGGCGGACUCGACCAGUGCGACGACUUUGUUCUCGUUCCUGAAGUCUCGCUAUGACGAAGAUGUUUUCGUCAAUAUGCUCAUAGCAGCGAAGAAUGUUCCGAGUACGGAGAAAAUUGCAACUCGAAUUCAAGCCGAGCAGACAGCACUUUGGCUGGAAAAGGGAAAGAAUCCGGGCGUUGUUUUCAAGCUGCUGAAACUUGAUGACGUAGAUGUUUCGCUUUUGGAGAAUCCACUAUUUGUUGCUUGGAUGAAGUACACGGAAGACUUUAGCAAGAUUCACUAUGGAACGAAAAUCACGACAGUCUCGGUGCUGCAUAAUUAUUAUGAAGACGACGUCCUAGCACUGAUGAUUAUUCGGGCUGCUAGGUCUCCAAGUACGUCGAAUAUCUCGAAACGAUUGUUUACAGAACAAAUGCGGAGCUGGUACUUGGAAGGUUUUAAUCCGGAGGAAGUAUUCGGGCUGCUAAGGCUUGACGAUGCCAUAACUCCACUGUUUGAAAACCCACUUUACUACGUUUGGUCAAAUUUCGUCGUUCACUACAAGGGUCUGAGACCGAAAGAAGAUAUGACUCAUUUUGCAGUACUUAGGGAAUACUACAACGAGGACAAUCUGUUGACAAUCCUGUUUAACGCAUGGGACGCUCCAUACACGAAAAACUUAGCAAAGCAGCUACUGGACGACCAACUCGAGCAUUGGUUGAAAACCAAGACGGAUCCAAGGACUGUUUUCUCUCUGUUGCGCGUGGAGGACGUAGCAGCGAAUGAUAUUAGGAGGGUGCUUUACGAUAAUUACAGCAGGGCCUUUGCACGACUGCCCAAAAAAAGGAAAACAUCGCCUAGUAAUUUGAACUAA